ACCGAUUUGCUGAUAAUUGACAUGAUAUUAAAAUCGGUAGCAUUGUAUCAGUGUGACGCAAAUUGAUGUGGAGUGGUAGGCUGCAAACUUUUAUUUUACAACAUCAAAGGGCAAUAAUAAAUGCAAUUACACUGCUAAUUCCCGAUAGGCGUUAUCGCCCACCCAUAUUUAUUUUUCCACAAAGCUGUCUCGCGCGUGCUGAGGUGUUUAUCGUGUAAUUUGUAUUGUUUAACGACUGGUGAACUCGACCCCAAUGAGCGUAGUGUUUUUUAGUAAAUUAAAUCUUCCUGCACCGAUAAUAAUGCAAUUACAGACUUUAUUUAUUAUCGUGCUACUCUCGUUUGCCGUCGCACAGGAUAGAAAGAUAACACCAAAACUCAACCCAGGAUGUGCAAGUUGUAAUGACAACACAACACUAGUAUACAUCAAAUGCAAGGGCCCCUCAGAUACAAUACAUCAAAUAUGGGACUUCACAAGAAAGCUUCCGACAGUGAUCAUUGCUGUUGCCAGCUUGAACUCUACUCUAAAUAUUAUUUGGGAGGGCACAGUGCCUGUGAGAUUUGAUAUCUCUGAAGGUCCAUCAUAUAGUUUUGCUGCAGCUUUUGACCAAAUCUAUGAAUAUGAUGAUUUAGAUGACAACGGUCAUUUUGACCCCAAGUUCCCCCACCACAAUCACAAACUAGACCAUUUGGUCUGGCACCGCAAUGGCAGUCGUCUGACAGAGAAGGAUGCCAUGGUACAAGUCUACGCUAAACUUUACAAUGAAAGGCAUCGUGAAUAUGGCACUGUUGGAAUUAAGUUGGAUCUACUCCCAUACAAAGACUACGCAACAGAGCUCCCCCAUCUGAUCCACACAGCAAACUCCACUCUCUUUGACAUAAGCCUCGUGAAUCUCACCACCACUAGCGGGUACAACGCGUCGCGAUACGCGCUGCAUCUAAUCCUCGCUAGUACCGACUCAGUCACUCAGACCAUGCACUAUACCAUGAGGAAGAGUCUGGACGAUGAGCACACGCCCGGAGUCUUUGAGGUUAUAGAGAUCAAAUCGCCAGCGCUGUACAAUGAGGAAGUAGGCGGGUAUCUGCAGUUCAGGCCGGUGGGGUAUGUCCAGCCGGAACGCGGCGUUGCCAGCUCGACCGUUGCUCAUGUGUCAUGCUUCAAUAGGACGAGUCUUCCUAGAUAUAGUACGCUGAGAACAUUCUUCGAUGACUAUGGAAAGGCCAACUUGUUAGUACAAGACAUGAUGGUAUCAUUUGGCGAGCCAGGUGAUGGAUUUUAUAGACAACACAACUACACUGCGUGGUCGUUCUCGGUAGGCUACGGCGCCCCUCCCACAGAGAACUUCUCGUGGUUCGUGGUUCUCAUCAUAUCGCUGGGGCUGGGCGUGCCUGUGCUGCUGGCCUUGUCUGGCGUGGUCUACGUUGUGUUCAGGAGACACAAGCAGACCAAUAGCAGGACCAGGUUCGAGAACGAGGACUAGACUGACCAAUCACACGGCGAAAUUCCAGAACGAAGGUGAAGGAGAAGAGCUCACCAAUCACAGAUUAACAUUUGAAUAGAGUAAUAACAUGUUAGCUCUCGAAAGAUCAGCAAGGAUCUCAGACUCAACUGUUUGUUAAGUUGAAAUUAUUAUAAUUAGGUCCACUUGCAUUAAACCGAUAAAUCUGCCCCUCGGUUCUGCCCCUUGAUUGGCUGAAAAAAAAUGUAAACAGCGAAUCAACCAAUCAAAGCGCAGAAUCUGCCGUCGAUCACGAUAAAGGUAAAUACGUUUUUCUUACACAAUUGGGGGCAGGUUAAGUUAUAAGUUCAUUGUGGAGUUGGCGUAAUAGGACUUACAUACCGAAAAAAUUGACUAGACUGGAUUUACAACGCGACCAAACUGAGAAAGCAAAGUCGUGCCCGCCAUAUUGUGACGUCACAUUAUAUCUUUCUUAGUUUGGACGCGUUAUACUGGUUUUUGUGGACCUUAGGAUAAUUUGUGUCAUUUUGUAAA